CCGGGGGACAGGGGACAGAACCGUCCGGUCCAAUCGCCGUCGGGGCCGUGUUUUCGGAAGCGCCGGCCGGACUCCCCGAGUCCCGAGUCCCGGGGGGAGCCGAGCAGAGGCCGCGGACCCGGCGGAGGAGGUCGCUGGGCUCCCGUGCGAUGAGUGGGCAGGUGAGCGCCUCGGGCGCCUUCCGGAGCCUUCCCUGCAGAGCGAACCCGAACGCAGACUGGAUGUCGGGGCUGAGCCCGCAGCUGUGGGACGUGCCCCUGCACCACCUGUCCAUCCCGGGCAGCCACGACACAAUGACCUAUAGCCUGAGCAAGAGGUCGCCCGUCUCCCGCUCCGAGUCGCGGCUGCUGCAGCUGCUCGCCAAGCUCCUGCCCUGCAUCCUGCAGCCCGUGGUGCUCAAGUGGUCGGUCACCCAGGUGCUGGACGUCACGGAGCAGCUGGACGCCGGCGUCCGGUACCUGGACCUGCGGGUCGCACACAUGCCCGAGGGCUCCGCCCAGAACCUGCACUUCGUCCACAUGCUGUACACGACGCUGCUGGUGGAGGACACGCUGACGGAGAUCUCCGAGUGGCUGGAGCGCCACCCCCGCGAGGUGGUCGUGCUGGCCUGCAGGAACUUCGAGGACCUGAGCGAGGACCUGCACGAGUACCUGGUCUCCUGCAUCAAGAACAUCUUCGGGGACAUGCUGUGUCCCCGCGGGGAGGUGCCGACGCUGCGGCAGCUGUGGGCGCGGGGGCAGCAGGUCCUGCUCUCCUACGAGGAGGACGGGGUCGUGUCCCGGCACCCGGAGCUCUGGCCGGGGAUCCCCUACUGGUGGGGCAACCAGGUGUCGGCCAAGAAGCUGAUCCGCUACCUGGAGCGCAUGAAGGGCUGCGGCCGCCCAGACGGGCUGUUCGUGGCGGGCAUCAACCUCACGGAGAACCUGGAGUACGUCCUGGCGCACCCGGCCGCGUCCCUGAAGAACAUGACGCUGCCCAGCCUGCCCCGGCUCAGCGCCUGGGUCCGCGAGCAGCGCCCGGGGCCCGGCCGGCGCUGCACCAACAUCAUCGCGGGCGACUUCGUGGGCACCGGCUCCUUCGUCAGCGACGUCAUCCGGCUCAACGACAAGCUGCUGGCCUGCUGACCGGCCUCCGCGGGCGACGCCGGGGCCGGCCUUCAGCGCCCUGGGCCGCGGCGUCCUGGCCACACACGGGCGAGGAGAUGGGUGGCAGGGCCCUCGCCUCCUGGGAACCCCCUGGCGGCCUCAGUGCUUCUGGGUGAAUCCAGUGACUUCGAGGAUUGGAGGUGGCUGUGGGGUCGCCUCCCCACGGGCAGCGUUCCCGUGAAUCGUGGGGUUCAGCUCAGAGGUGACCCCUCACCGGGGGCUGCUGGACGGCUCCGUAGCAUCACAUGGGCUGGACGGGACCGAGCGCGAUGGGAUCUACUGAGCAAACCCUUCGUCAAAAAGCCGGGAGCCUGGCCGGUGAGCGCAGUGGUUAGAGCACCGGCCGGGUAUCCAAGGGCCUCGGGUGCGAUUUCCGGUCAAGGUCCUGGGCUGCCGGCUUGAUCCCCGGGCCCGGCUGUGCGGGAGGCACCCCUGCAUCGAUGUGUCUGUGUCACACCCACGUUUCUCUCUCUCCCCUCCCUCCGUCCGUCCGUCCGUCCGUCCGUCCGUCUGUCCGUCCCUCCCUCUAAAUAAAUCAGCGGGGAAGUGUCCUCACGGGAGGGUCAACCCCCCAAAAUGUAAACAAACAAAUAAACAAACAAAAACAA